UCGGACUCGGUCUCGACGGCGGCCGGGCCACCAACGCAGAUCUCACUGGUCACCGGGGAGCCGUUCGGGCCCCGGGUCUGCCAGAUCAGCGAGGCACCCGAGGAGGCCAGCUCCGACGACGAGCCGACCUCCGAGAGCGAGGACGAGAGUCGCAUCGUCAAGGACGAGCUGAGCUCCGAGGUGCCCGCCGAGUACUGGCACAUGCAGAAGCUCAUCAAGUACAUGAAGGCUGGCAACCAGACGGCUACCACGGUCGCCCUCUGCCUCCUCAAGGACUACGAGCUCUCCAGCAGGGUGAUCCAGCGGGCCAUCCACGAGAUGGGCGGGCUGGAGGUGCUGGUGAAUCUGCUGGAGACACGGGAGAUGAAGUGCCAGCACGGCUCGCUGGCCGUUCUUCUGCAGGUCUCGUCGGCCCCCGACACCCGCCGCCACCUCGUCGACCUCGGGGUCGUGGCUCCGCUGAUCAAGCUGCUCAAGCACCCCGCCCGGGACAUCCAGGUUCUCACCGUCGAGACCAUGGCUAGCAUCGCGCUCCUCAGGAAGGCCAGGAAACAGAUCCGCGUCCGCGGUGGCGUGCCCCUCAUCCUCGACAUAAUGGACGUGCCCGACGCGGUGGUGCUGCGCCCGGCGAAGGAUCUCGACGACGUGGAGCGGGAGCAGCUGGCCGUGGCCAUAGGUUGCGCCAAGCUUCUGAACUCGCUGAGCAGUAGCCCGAAGAUCCAGGAGGAGCUGCGGAAGCACGGGGUCAUGUUCCUCAUCGCCCGGUUCCUCAAGUCCCGCUGCACCGAUCUGAUAGUGCCGCUGAUGGGCGCCGUCCAGCAAUGUGCCGAUCUGAAAGUCUUUAGGCUGGCCUACGAGAGAAUGGACAUCAUCAUAGACGUGGUGCAGCACCUCGAGAACGAGAAUUUCAAGCUCAAGGAGAACUGCGCUCUGGCGAUUCGCAAGUGCGCGGUGAACAAGGUCACUCGGGACAUGGUCCGCGAGGCUGGGGGCUUGGAUCCGCUCUGCAAACUCGUGCAAAACAACGAGGUUUACAGGAACAAAAAAUUGAUGGCGGCCAUAACGGGGGCGAUCUGGAAGUGCGCGAUGAGCCCGGAAAACGUGGGCAGGUUCAAUCAGAACAACUUGGUCGCGGUGCUUGUUUCCUUGCUCGACGAAAACGAGGACCAGAAUGUCCUUGCCAACGUGGUCGGCGCCUUGGCCGAGUGCUGCAAGGACCCCACCAACAGGGACGUCCUCAGGGCUCAUGAGGGACUUCCCAAGCUGAUAACAUUAUUGAGCGCCACGUACGAGCCCCUGCUGGAGAACAUACCGCUCGUGAUCGAGCAGUGCGCGGAGAACGAGGCGUGCAUGGACGUGAUAAACGACCAGGAGCACAAAUUGGACGGGGUGCGGCUGGUCUGGUCGCUGCUGAAGCACUCGAGCGAUCGCAUUAAGCGGAACGCCUGUUUUGCCCUGGUGCCCUGCAUCCGCCGGGCCAAGAACUCCCCGGAGAUGGUACGCGCGUUCGUCGGUGGCCUCGACCUCACCGUCAGUCUUCUCGAGAGCGAGGACAACCAGGUGCUCAGCGCCGUUUGCGCGACCAUCGCCGAGAUCGCCACUGACCCCGAGAAUCUCGGUAUUCUCACGGACCACGGGGUCGUCCGGAAGCUCGCCAACCUCGUCAACACGGAGGACGACAAACUCAGGGCAAAUCUGACUCUCGCCAUAGCCUUCUGUUGCGAGUGGGGUCAGAACAAUUACGAGUUUGGCAGGCUCAACGCGGUCGCUCCUCUGGUCAAUUACUUUACGAGCACGGACAAAGAGGUCCUGAAGGGAGUCUGCAUCGCGUUUUACCACUUGAGCAAGGAGCCUUACAAUUGCAUUACCAUGCAUACUUGUGGCGUUGUCAAGCACGUACUUCGGUUGGUUGGCUCAGAGGAUCCGGAAGUUCAAAUAGCAGCUGCGACCACGAUACGACACAUUCGCAAGCUUGCCCUGACAGCGGAAAAAUUCCAUCACAAAGAGAUAACAACUUUGGCGGAAACCGACUAUCGAAGAUGAGGAAAUAUUCGAG